AUGUUAAAGUCUAAAACCUUCGUUAAAAAGACUCGUACCGGCCGGGUUUUGAAAAUAGUGCGCGAGCAUUACUUGCGAGACGACAUUUGGUGUGGAAGCGAGGCGUGCGACCAAUGCAGCCAGGAGUCCACAGUGCUGAAGACAGAUGCGUGCAUAGAGAGCAGCCUGUGCUCCUUUUCGCAUUACCUUAUCCCCGACACCAAUGUGGUGCUACAUCAGAUCGAUGUCUUGGAGGACCCCGUUAUUUGUAACGUGGUGAUCCUCCAGACUGUUCUCCAGGAAGUGCGCCACCGCAGUGCACCUGUCUAUAAACGCCUCAAAGACCUAGUCCAUGACAGUGAAAGACAUUUUUACACCUUUACCAAUGAGCACCACAGAGAAACAUUCAUCGAACGCGAACCAGGGGAGAGCGCCAACGACAGGAAUGACCGAGCAAUCCGCGUGGCAACUAAGUGGUACAGCGAACAUCUGGCAAAGCCUGAUAACCCCAAGGUGGUGCUGCUAACUAAUGACCUCAGUAACAAGCAAAAGGCACAGGAGAGUGGUCUCCUGGUGUACAAAUUUGAGGAGUACAUCAAGGGUCUGACAGCAAACCCGGAGCUUUUAGAUCGCCUGGCGUUGUCAAAUAAUGACAAGAAUGACAUUAGCAGCAGUAGGGUGUUAUUCCCUGAGCACCUUCCUCUAUCCAGAAUCCAGGCUGGCAUUAAAAGCGGCGCCUACCUUCAGGGAACCUUCAAGGCCAGCAGGGACAACUACCUAGAGGCCAAAGUGUUUAUCCAAAAAGAUGGGGAGGAAGGCAUGGAGGUGCUCAUCCAAGGCCUUCAUAACCUCAAUAGAGCCGUACAUCAAGAUGUGGUUGCCGUGCAGCUGUUGCCACGCAAUCAGUGGGUGGCUCCCUCUUCUGUAAUACUGCAGGAUGUGGGCUCUGCCAAAGAUGACGCCAAUGAAGAAGAGGAGGAGGAGAAGAUGGAAGACGCUCUUAGAAGUUCUGGAAGGGAUGUGAACAGGAAAGCCACAGGCAAAAUAGUGGGGAUCAUCAAGAGAAGCUGGAGGCCCUUCUGUGGAAUGCUCAAUAUGUCCCAAAUCAAAGAGUCAACGCGCCAUCUUUUCACACCGGCGGACCGCUGCAUUCCACGCAUCCGUAUUGAAACCCGCCAAGCGGCCACCUUAGUAGGACAGAGGAUUAUGGUAGCCAUUGAUGGCUGGCCCAAAGACUCCAGAUAUCCAAAUGGUCACUUUGUACGCAGUUUAGGUACAGCAGGGGAGAAGGAAACUGAAGAGGAAGUCCUUCUUUUGGAGCACGACGUUCCCCAUCAGGCCUUCUCUCAGGCGGUGCUCAGUUUUCUUCCCAAAAUGCCAUGGAGCAUUAAACCAGAGGACAUGGUGGGAAGGGAGGACCUGAGGCAUCUGACAGUGUGCAGUGUGGAUCCUCCCGGAUGUACAGACAUUGACGACGCGCUCCACUGCAGAGAGCUUAGCAAUGGAAACUUCGAGGUGGGAGUCCACAUCGCAGAUGUCAGUCACUUCAUCAGACCCGGGAACGCCCUGGACAAAGAGGCUGCAAACCGAGGCACAACGGUUUACCUCUGUGGGAAGAGGAUUGACAUGGUUCCUGAACUGCUAAGCUCCAAUCUUUGCUCGCUACGCUCCAAUGUGGAGAGGUUGGCCUUCUCAUCAAUCUGGGAGAUGACUCAAGAGGCUGAAGUUCUAAAAACGCGCUUUACAAAAAGUGUCAUCAACUCCAAGGCAUCCCUGACAUACGCAGAAGCUCAGAUGAGAAUCGAUGACACCAGCAAGAGCGACGACGUCACCAAAAGCCUUCGUGGCCUCAACAGGCUCGCCAAGAUCCUCAAGAAACGGAGGAUCGAGAAAGGGGCACUGACACUGUCCAGCUUGGAGGUCCGCUUCCACAUGGACAGCGAAACCCACGACCCCAUUGAGCUUCAGACGAAAGAGCUCAUGGAGACAAACUCCAUGGUGGAGGAGUUCAUGUUGCUGGCAAACAUUUCAGUCGCCCAGAAGAUCUAUGAUGAGUUUACAGAAUGUGCCCUACUAAGGAAACAUCCAGCACCGCCACCUUCGAACUAUGACAUCCUACUGAAGGCGGCAAAGUCCAAAGAUGUGCUAAUCCGCACAGAUUCGGCCAAGGGGCUGGCUGAUUCUUUGGAAGCUGCCAGAGUGGAUGGCUUUGCGUACUUCAACACGCUGCUGCGUAUCCUAGCCACUCGCUGUAUGAUGCAGGCGGUCUAUUUCUGCUCUGGAAUGGACAGCGAUUUCCACCACUAUGGUCUCGCUUCACCCAUUUACACGCACUUCACGUCUCCCAUACGGAGGUAUGCUGACAUCAUCGUGCAUCGACUUCUGGCUGUGGCCAUUGGAGCUGACAGCACCUAUCCAGAUUUGACAGACAAACAUAAACAGUCGGCACUGUGCAACAAUCUCAACUACAGACACAAAAUGUCCCAGUAUGCUCAAAGGGCAUCUGUGGCUUUCCAUACACAGUUGUUCUUCAAGAGCCGUGGCAUCUUGAGCGAGGAAGGAUUUGUCCUGUUUGUGAGGAAGAAUGCCAUCAUUGUCCUCAUUCCCAAGUUCGGCCUGGAAGGUACGGUCUUCUUUGACAGCAAGGACAAGGGUGGCCCUAAUCUUGUAUUUGAUGAGGAGGGUCCGUUUCUGACUGUGGAGCAACACACCUUCCAUAUAUUUGACCGGGUGAAGGUCACCAUCAGUCUGGACGACUCAAAUAUUCAGCACCAGAAAAUACGUAUGGCCUUGACAGAGCCAGUGAUCCCAGGUGUGAGUGUUUCAGCCACUGACCUUGAAACUCAAAACAAAAAGGCCAAACUGGAUCGCUGA